AUGAAAAAAGAAAUACAAUUAUGGAUAAGUUUCAUAUUGUAUCCAUUACUUACUCAUGCUGCCUAUGUAGAUAAAACGCCUAAUGUUUUACACAUUGGUGGAAUAUUUCCCAUUGAAGGGAAAGGAGGUUGGCAGGGAGGACAAGCCUGCAAACCUGCUGCAAGUUUAGCUUUAAAUGAUGUGAACAAAAGAAAAGAUCUACUUCCUGGGUUUACACUCCAACUUCAUUGGAAUGACAGUGAGUGUGAACCCGGGUUAGGAGCAUCAGUAAUGUAUGAUCUUUUAUACAAUCAACCUCAAAAGCUUAUGUUGUUGGCUGGUUGUAGUACUGUUUGUACAACAGUAGCAGAAGCAGCUAAAAUGUGGAAUCUGGUAGUAAUGUGCUACGGUGCCAGUUCCCCCGCUCUGUCGGAUCGAAAUCGUUUUCCGACAAUGUUUAGAACGCAUCCUUCUGCCACGGUGCACAAUCCUACGCGUAUAAAACUAAUGGAAAAAUUUGGAUGGUCCAGAGUAGCCAUAUUACAACAAGCUGAAGAAGUAUUCACAUCUACUGUUGAAGAUCUGGAAUCGAGAUGUAAAGAAACAAAUAUCGAAAUAGUUACCAGACAAAGUUUUCUCACUGAUCCUACGGAUGCUGUUAGAAAUUUACGGAGACAAGAUGCAAGAAUUAUUAUUGGGUUGUUUUACGUUGUUGCUGCUCGUCGCGUUUUGUGCGAAAUGUACAAACAACAACUUUACGGCAAAUCAUACGUGUGGUUUUUCAUCGGCUGGUACGAAGACAAUUGGUUUGAAGUCAAUUUGCAAAAAGAGGGAAUCGAAUGUACGGCAGAAGAAAUGAAACUUGCUGCCGAAGGUCAUUUAACAACAGAAGCCCUUAUGUGGAAUCAAAACAAUCAAACAACAAUAUCCGGAAAGACGUCAGAAGAUUUCAGGAAAGAAUUAAAUGAAGUUCUUCGACAAAGUGGUUACGAUAUAGAUAAUAAAAGGUAUCCAGAAGGCUAUCAGGAAGCUCCUUUGGCUUACGAUGCUGUUUGGUCUGUGGCUUUAGCUUUUAAUAAAACAAUGGCCGCGUUGAAAAAAAAAGGAAAGAGUUUAAAAGAUUUUACAUAUACUAACAAAGACAUAGCUGAUGAAAUAUACUCAGCAAUUAAUAGUACGCAAUUUGUAGGAGUAUCGGGAGUAGUAGCUUUUAGUUCUCAAGGUGAUAGAAUCGCUCUUACUCAAAUAGAACAAAUGAUAAAUGGAAGUUAUGUGAAACUUGGCUACUACAAUACAGAAGCAGACAACCUUACAUGGUUUAAUAGAGAAAAAUGGAACGGAAAUAAAAUUCCGCAAGAUCGAACUGUUGUCAGACGAGUUCUCAGAACUUUGUCAUUUCCUCUUUUUAUUUGCAUGUGGACCAUAUCAAGUAUUGGAAUUCUUGUUGCUAUUGCUUUAAUUUUUUUUAAUACUUGGUACAGGCAUAGAAGGGUUAUCCAACACUCACAUCCUAUUUGCAACACUAUUAUAUUAUCAGGGUGUAUUAUUUCACUCUGGAGUGUUUUUCUUUUGGGAUUAGAUGGUCAAUUUAUACCAGCAAAUGUUUAUCCUCAAAUUUGCCAGACAAGAGUUUGGCUUCUUUCCAUCGGGUUCACUCUAGGUUAUGGCGCAAUGUUUAGUAAAGUUUGGAGAGUCCAUAGAUUUACAACGAAAGCAAAAGCAGAUCCUAAGAAGAAAGUUGAACCUUGGAAAUUGUAUUCAAUGGUUUGUGGAUUGUUGGUUGUAGAUUUUAUCAUUUUGCUUGUUUGGCAAAUAUAUGAUCCAUUACAACGACGAAUCGAAAUAUUUUCUUUAGAAGAGCCUUUAAAUACAUUUGAUGAUAUUAAAAUAAGACCUGAAUUAGAACAUUGCGAAAGCGAACAUAAUAACGUUUGGAUGGGUAUUAUUUACGGAUAUAAAGGUUUAGUUUUGCUUUUCGGUCUUUUCUUGGCUUACGAAACAAGGAGUAUUAAAGUAAAACAAAUAAAUGAUUCAAGAUACGUGGGAAUGUCAAUUUAUAACGUUGUUGUUUUUUGUCUUAUCACUGCUCCUGUAUGCAUGGUCAUAGCCUCGCAACAAGAUGCCAGUUUUGCAUUUGUUUCUUUAUCAAUUAUUUUCUGUUGUUUUCUUUCGAUGGCUUUAAUAUUUACUCCAAAGGUGAUUGAAAUCAUUCGACACCCACGAGAUAAAGCCGAAUCUAAAUACAAUCCAGAUAUUAAACUUGCCAAAGAAGACGAAGAAAAAUAUGAAAAAUUAUUGGCAGAAAAUGAUGAAUUAAUUAAAUUAAUUCGAGCGAAGCAAGAAAAAAUUAAAUUAUUAAAACAACGACUUGUUGAAAAGGAAUCUCAAGGGGAUUACGUUUACGGAGAUCCUAAUUCAGAGGAUCCUUUAACAGGUUUGCUAUCGAAAGACACUUUAAUCGUUCCGGAUUUUAUCACUGGGGAAGGAACUUCUGAUUCCGCUUUUGGAGCUGGGCUUUCCUGUCAAACACGAAGUUCCAGGGCUAGCGCUUCCGAUUUUGAAUUUUCUGAAUCGUACCUUUAA